UCAGUUUUACUGCAUAGUCCUCGUUAACUUUGUUUCCCCAACCUGCUGGCUAAAAUUAUACACCACUGAUCUAAAGAAAACUUGUUUCUCCUUAACCCAUCCAUCCAUCAUCUUUCGGGCCCGACGACAGGCCCAUCACUACCAUCUUUCGGUCUCCCCGUUUCGCUGCCUAUCUUUGCGUUGAACUCGCCCCAUAUUAAAACCAACCAGUCGCUGCCCAUGGUUAGUCAUUCUCGUCCGAGCCAGUGGAUUGAAUUCUACCCUCCAGGUGCCGUAGUAUCGAAAAGCUUCGCAAUCAUACUGUAAAAGCUAUUUCAACUGCAAAAGUGCAUAAUUCCGUAGUAGUAACAAGUGCUCAAGUUAAAAAAAACACACACACACACACACACCUACACUAACAUACACACUACACACAAGUGCCUUUUUGAGUGAAACCAUGUACGUGAAACCGGUGUGCGGUAUUAUUAAACUGCAAAAUACAGAACGCCGCACCAGCUUUCCGGCCGCACUGCACGCGGCCCGGCUGGCCGAACUGCUGGUCGACGUGACGAUCUGCUGCGAGUCGCGCAAGCUACGCGCCCAUAAGCUGGUGCUGGCGCUGGGCAGCCCGUUCUUCCGAAGCGUUUUCAACGAGGUUCCCACGCCCCACCCGGUCGUCAUGAUUUACAACGUAAAGUACGAAGAUUUAGACGCACUGGUCAAGUUUCUGUACACGGGCGAGUUGAGUGUUGAGCGGGAGCGGCUGCCAUCGCUGCUCGAAGCGGCCCGGUACCUGCAGCUGGACGAGUUCAGCACAUUGCUGCCGUACCUGCAGGAGACGGGCGAUUUGAACGAGAAUCUGUUGAGCGCCGUAAAUGCGUUCAACUCCAUGAGCCUGCUCAUGGACAGGACAAACGAGACAAAUGGCUCGGCAACGUUCAUGUCCACGAUCGGUAUAUUGACAACGAACGGUCCGCCGCAACCAUCAACCAGCGCGAGCGUGUUGCCGUAUAGCGGCGAGGCAGGUGAGCAGCAGCAGCAGCAGCUUGAAUCGCCUAUCAACGGGGAGUACCUCGGUGACGAUGAAACUUCGAUGAUGAGUCAAGAUUCGGCGGACAGUUUCAGCCCGACAGAGAUUCGCCGCCAGCCGUAAGAAGUGCCCGCGAAUCGAGCGAGUUCAUCGAUGCACCAGAGCUGCAGUAAGAUCCCAGGCAACAGGCUCUGUCGGAUGUGUGACCUUUGAAUUGCGGCAAAAUACGUACGAUUUGAUCCACUACGCAUGUGAGAGGAACAGCAAAAGACAAGACAGGAAUAAUAUUAACACACUAUACACAAGUAGAAGGUGACAUUGUAAUAUAAUUUGUUGUAUACAUUUCAAAAGAAUUAACCGGUGAGAAUAAGCGAAUAGCCGGUGAGAAUAACCUACGUAUUGAUAGCGAUUGUUCCUCUACACUAACAUUCAUCUCAUGAAGCGUAUUGCAUUGUAUUUCGUUUUGCUUUAAUAACAAUCAUGACUACAGAAUUGCUAUUAAAAUAUAUUUUGCAUUCACGUGUUUAAUAUAAACAGCAGCAAAACCCCAACUAACAACAACGUGAUAAAACAGUAUUUUAUAAAGAAUAACUUUCAGCACUAUUUCUUUUCUUUUGUUUCAACAACAAAACAAAAAGUAGGAUUACACAGGCUCUCCUCAGAUUCCACACUUUCUGAA